AUGGCCGAGCAACUUGUUCUUCGCGGCACCCUCGAGGGCCACUCCGGCUGGGUCACCAGCCUGGCUACCUCGCUUGAGAACCCCAACAUGCUUUUGUCUGCCUCGCGCGACAAGACCUUGAUCAUCUGGAACCUGACCCGCGACGAGACCUCAUACGGCUACCCCAAGCGCAGCCUCCACGGUCACUCGCACAUUGUCUCCGACUGUGUCAUCUCCUCUGACGGUGCCUACGCUCUUUCCUCGUCCUGGGACAAGACUCUCCGCCUGUGGGAGCUCUCGACCGGCCAGACCACCCGCCGCUUCGUCGGCCACACCAACGAUGUUCUGUCCGUCUCCUUCUCGGCCGACAACCGCCAGAUCGUCUCCGCUUCCCGCGACCGCACCAUCAAGCUGUGGAACACCCUCGGUGACUGCAAGUACACCAUCACCGACAAGGGCCACACCGACUGGGUCUCCUGCGUCCGCUUCUCCCCCAACCCCCAGAACCCCGUCAUCGUCUCUGCCGGCUGGGACAAGCUCGUCAAGGUUUGGGAGCUCGCCACUUGCCGUAUCCAGACCGACCACAUCGGUCACACCGGCUACAUCAACACCGUCACCAUCUCCCCGACGGUUCCCUCUGCGCUUCCGGUGAAGAAGAGCAAGGUUGACGAGCUCAAGCCCGAGUACGUCGAGGUUGGCAAGAAGAGCAGAGAGCCCGAGUGUGUUUCCCUCGCCUGGUCCGCCGAUGGUCAGACCCUCUUCGCCGGUUACACCGACAACAAGAUCCGCGCCUGGGGCGUCAUGUCGAGAGCUUAA